AUGCCGGGAAGCGGCUCAGAGCCGAGUGCGGAGAGGGGCCAAGGAAGUCAAGCCAAAAUAAGCCGAAGCAACUCCGAAGGCUACCUAGUGCAAAUGGAAAAGCAAAAACAGCCUCGAGUCCACAGGAAGCAUAUAUAUAGAGAGGAAAACCUGUUACUGCUGUUUGUUUUCCAGCUGUAUCGUUCCAAAGCCUACUACAGCAAUCUCAACGUGAGACUCGGAGGCCUUGGACCUGACUAUGAAGCAGUCAAAGAGAAAAAAGAGAAGUUAAGGCAACAAAAGGAAUAUGCAAAGCAAAUUAAAGAACACAACAUGAAAAACAUGACUUCUGUUCAGAGGUUGCCUGCAAAACCCAAGGUUACAACUUCAGUGUCAAGGCAGAAGGCUCUGGAAUAUGCUAAGAAGAUUCCUCGACCAAAAACUUUUGUGACAAGGCAACCAGAGGAAGAGGUGAAAGACGAAAAA